AUGGUGGAGCAGGAUAUUGUCCAAGCAACGGUGGUAAAGCAGCAGGAAACCUCGGAAAAUGAGCGGUUUCUCUACUUAAAGCAUAGUGAGUUCCACAGCUCGACAGGCAUUGCCUCGAUUUUGACAUUCCCCACAUCCUUGAAGUUUCCGUCUGGGCGCGAAAGAAUCCUCGCGGAGGCAGAGUUCGGAUUCCCACAACACAAGCUGGUUCUCCUAGUUCAUGGCCAUUCCGCUCACAAAAACACAGUGUACAUGCCUCUGCUGGCACAAAAGCUGGCAGACAUGGGAUACUACGUCCUCCGUAUUGAUUUCAGGAAUAUGGGGGAUUCGGAGCCCAACAGGGAUCCAAAAGUCGGACGCACCAUUGCACAAGACUGCGAGGAUCUUGAGACUGUUUACCAAUUUGCGGGUUCUAGCCAAUGCCAGCAACUUGUCGGCCAUUGCCUUGUGCUGGACACCAUUGUAGCACACUCCCGCGGGGUAAUGUCCAUGUUUGAGUUUGCGCGUCAACGCUUUGUGCCGAAUCUGAUCAAUUGCUGCGGGCGGUUUGUGGCCUGGGGGCUUUUCGAAAAGUCCCGUCUGAGGAACCCGAACUGGGACGCCGAGGGCGGCUUCAAGUGCGAAAUGCUGCGUUACGGAAAAAUGCAAGAAUUGUGGAUCCCCAAGCCAGAAACUGUGAGUGCAGCGACCGUUGACACCACCAAGUUUGCCGACAUUGACCCCCGAUCGUGGGUCAUGUCGAUAUACGGCUCCAAAGAUUCUGUCAUACCUUUGAGCGCGUUCGGGCAAUACUCUAAUUUGUUCCAAGGAAGGCACACAGCAGAGAUGAUUAUGGAUGCCGAUCAUAACUUCUACGGCCUGCCAGGUGAUCCCAAUGCCAUGAAUUUGCCAUUGCGCAAGGGGCUGAUCAAUUACAACGUCACUACCGUUGAACUUAUCUCAGCUCAUCUCAGCCCUGAAAAGCAAUUGCAAAGAUUUUACGAGACAACAAAGUUUAUCCAGGAUCUUUCAAACCCAUCGCAGCUGUCGUCUCGUUGGCCUUUGCCCUACAGCUUUUCGAACGUUUCAAACUUCCGAGACAUAGGUGGGUAUAAAACCCGUGACGGCUACCGCGUGAAGCCCAAAGUUUUGUACCGCUGCGCCAACCCUAGCGAAGUAACCGAUAAAGGCAUAAAGUUCAUGAAAGAGCAGUUGCACGUAACUCGGAUAUUUGACUUGCGUUCCACGAAAGAAGCUGCCGAGAACGGAGUCAUCUCGGGCAUUGACGUGGAGAACUUAGCAUUUAACCAAAAUGUUAGCGCGGCUCCUGAAGAACUUGCGCGAUUGUACCGCGGCUUACUUCUUUCCUCGUAUAUGUUUCCCGAAGCAUACCAGGUAAUGAUGCAGAAUAGCAUCCCCCAGAUAAGGCGCUUCUGCCGUUACAUUAUCAAUGAAGAAUGCGAUGAGUUGCACGCUGCUGUUUUCCAUUGCGCCGCAGGCAAGGACAGGACCGGGAUCUUGGCAGUGCUCAUUUUGGGUCUGCUGGGAGUUGACGAUGACACAAUAGCACAUGAUUACGAGAUGACAAGCUUGGGACUGCAAACCGAGAAGCGUUUAAAAAAAGCAAUGGAAGAUCGAGGUGAUCGAUACUACGAGAUGCUUGGUUCGAAAGAUUUAGCCCGCGAUUAUCAAGCUACUCCGAUGUCGAUGUGCAAGAAUCUCUUGUCUUCAAAGUACGAGGCCAUGAGAUUAUUUUUGGAUCAUUUUCGUUCGGUUUACGGGUCAUUUGAUAGUUUCUAUUCGAGCGUCGUUAAGCUCUCUGGCAGUGAAAUAAAAAAACUGAAGGAGGCCCUUUUGGAGCCUCAGGAUAUUGAAAUAGACUAA